AUGUUUGAGCGUCGCGCGGCAGAUCGAUAUCGCCUACGGAUGCACCGUGCCCGUACAGUGGCGUUGACGAACGAUGAGAUCGUGGAAGUGCGGGCGGCACAACGGACCUUCGAAGGCGCCUAUAUCCGAACAGCCCUCUCUCAGUUCUCGUUUUCCCUUGUGGUUCUCAAGAUUUUCACAAACGAGUUCUACAGCACUGGGGCAUUAUUCGCCGUCUACGGUACAGGGGUACUUAUAAUCGGCCUUUUCCGACGGCAGCAGGGCAAUCGACAGUUCUUCUCCGAGGUAGGGAAUGACGGAGUUCAACGCCACAAGUUCAGGACAAGCGGAAAUGCGGUGGUCAUCUUGACUGCCUUGAGUAUCGCCGCUUACGCCACGCUCAUCGCCUUGACACUUCGGCUGGACAGGUAG